ACGCCGGAAGUGGCGGGGGGGCCGGCCUGAGGCGGCGCCCGCAGUGUGCAGUGUCCCUCGGGCGGGCGGCGACAUGGAGCCCGGGGCGGCCGAGCUGUACGACCAGGCCCUGCUGGGCAUCCUGCAGCAUGUGGGCAACGUCCAGGACUUCCUGCGCGUGCUCUUCGGUUUCCUCUACCGCAAGACCGAUUUCUACCGCCUGCUGCGCCACCCGUCUGACCGCAUGGGCUUCCCGCCCGGGGCCGCACAGGCCCUGGUGCUGCAGGUGUUUAAAACCUUUGACCACAUGGCCCGUCAGGAUGAUGAGAAGAGGAGGAAGGAACUUGAAGAGAAAAUCAGACAGAAGGAAGAAGAGGCAGCAGCUGCAGCUGAGAAGGAGCCAACCCCGGUCCCAGCCCUGGCUCCAGUUCCAGUCCAGGAAAUAGAGAUUGACUCGACCACAGAAGCAGAUAGGCCUGCGGAAGCAGAGAACGUGCAGCCUCCAGGUCUACAGGCCACAGAGCAGGAGGUGGCCCGAGGCUCAAAGGAGGCAGAAGCUCCAAGAGCAGUUACUGGGACUCCUGAAGUCUCUCGGGAACCACCAGCUCUUCCCAGGAUUCAGGAGCAGUUCCAGAAAAACCCUGAUAGCUACAAUGGUGCUGUCCGUGAGAACUACACCUGGUCGCAGGACUAUACUGACCUGGAGGUCAGGGUGCCGGUGCCCAAGCAUGUGGUGAAGGGAAAGCAGGUCUCGGUGGCCCUUAGCAGUGGCUCUAUCCGUGUGGCCAUGCUGGAGGAGAACGGGGAGCGCGUCCUCAUGGAGGGGAAGCUCACCCACAAGAUCAAUACUGAGAGUUCCCUCUGGAGUCUUGAACCAGGAAAAUGUGUUUUGGUGAACCUGAGCAAGGUGGGCGAGUACUGGUGGAGUGCCAUCCUGGAGGGAGAAGAGCCUAUUGACAUUGACAAGAUCCACAAGGAGCGCUCCAUGGCCACUGUGGACGAGGAAGAACAGGCAGUGCUGGACAGGCUCACCUUCGACUACCACCAGAAGCUGCAGGGCAAGCCACAGAGCCAUGAGCUGAAAGUCCAUGAGAUGCUGAAGAAGGGGUGGGAUGCAGAAGGCUCUCCCUUCCGAGGCCAGCGAUUCGACCCGGCCAUGUUCAACAUCUCCCCGGGGGCUGUGCAGUUUUAGUGACCGGAGGAGAGGACCCCUCGCCAGCGAGACAGUGGGGCCUCAUCCUUGGCUAUCCCUCGGCCCUGCAUACUGGGAACUUGGGUGUCCCAUUUGUCCCUAGCCAUCCUCCUAUGCAGGGUGGACCAGGCCCCACCCUGACCUCAUCUCUCCAGACUGCUCCAGAGGCAGCGUGGGCCAGCUGCCAUGUGGCCGCUGUGGCUGCACUGCCCUCGAGGAGGUGUUUGAUGCAGGAAGGAGAUGUCCCAGCACACUGGGGUCACAUGCUUUUGUCUCCCAGCAACCACUGCUGCAGGCUAUAUUUCCUCCCUUUCCUCCUGUCCACUUGCUGUUGUUUUGAUGCUAUUUUGCUUGCUUUCCUCUGGUUGGGGUGGGUGGGAGCAUGGUUGUGGCCUGCAGACAGAUGAGGGCUGGGUAGCUCUUCCUGGAUAAGCCCCUUCUCCUCAGCCUCUCACUGGGUGCCGUCACAAUGCAGUCUGGCCCACUCCUUGCAGAGUGUUUGGCCUGCCUCAGCUUCCUAGUCUAACCUCCAGAAACCAGGUCCUAUUAGCAUGUCUGGUUGUGGGGAGAGUCUGGUUCUGGCCCAGGCCUGGGUGCGGCGAGGAUCCAUUGUCAUCUGACCAGUUUGCCUUGCUUCGGCUGUUAUGGAAGGGAAUCCAGUCUGGCUAACAUCACACAGCACUCUCCUGAGGCCUCCACUCCAGGGACAUUGGAUCAAAGUGCAGCAGGAGUAGACAGCCUGGCUCCCAGGUGGCCCCACGCGUAUCUGACAGUCCAUUGACAGAGCACACCAGCACAGGUCCUGGGCACUCCUGACUUGAGGGGCCUUUGGGAGGAGAAAUGUGCACAGGGCAUGAAGUUACACCAUCCCAUCAUGACAGCUCAGCAAUGAAGACGCCCAUCCUUGUGCCAGGCACUGGACGGCUCUCCCUGGAGCUCAUGGACUUGUUCCACCUGCUCUCCAGGGACUAGCUACUUCCUCAGUACCACUGAGCUCAUGCCUUGUACCGUGGCUGCUGAUGGACUCCAGCUGAGGUGCGAAGAUGCAGUCAUGGUGCAGGGCCUGGGUCCCGUGCUCUGAGUACUUGCUGAGGCCUUCUGUGGCUGUCAAGCCUCAUUGCACAAGAAAGCUGUGCCGUAGGUCUCUGCUCCCAGGCACCACUUAUGCCACUGAGGAUCCAGACCCACGGAUGCAAAGGGAGCCCACUCAGGAAAGAACCUGGCCCUGCAUAUAUCUUCUGUGAACACAUUAAGGGGGGGUUCCAACUUCAGCUGUGUAGACAGCUGACUUGUAACAGUCGCAUGGGCAGAUUUCUGGUGGGCAGUGGUGUCUGGUGGAUCUUGCAAGAAAGCAUCCCUGGGAGGUGCUCAAAAGGUCCAGGCUCUGAUUCUCACAGAAGAGCAAAGAGCCCAGUACCUCUCUGGAAUGUGAGAGUCCUCUUGGCCAAUGUUUAUUACCAAGCUGGAGAGCAGAAUUCUAUCACUGCAAGGGGUUCUGAGGAAACUUUUGGUUGUUUCCUGGAGUUACUGCUAAGGCCUAGGACUUGUACACUGCUGUUCCCUGUGUGCUCCCCAUCUAACAAAGGCCUUGUGCCGUGUGUGUGUGUGUGUGUGUGUGUGUGUGUGCGCGCGCGCGCGCGCGUGCAUGUGUGUAUACAUGCCCUCUGUGUAGUUCCUGAGUGGUUUUCUCAGGCCCACUCCUUCCCCACGGCCAGUCUUCCAGGAGUGAUGAAGUGGACUGUGAUGCUGAUACCCCAUUAUUUGGGAGGCUUCAAAUUGACCACUCCCAUGAUGACUUGUCUUCCUAUUGUCCAGUUUUAUUUUUCAUGUUGCAUUUCUUCCCACUCCAAUUUCAACAAAUGACAGACCAGCGUCUAGGAAGAGUGGUGGAGGGGUGGUGGUGAACAGUGGCCACCUGGCAGGGGUAAGCACUGUGUCCGUCCCCGUGCCAUGUGGGGCAUGUGCCAUCCUGGCUGCCGACUGAUUCUCUGCCCUGAGGCACCAUCAUAGACUGGCAGCCUCUGCAGCUGGCAUACUCUGCCUUUUCUCUUUUUAGACACGACAACUGCAAUUUGGCCACUAGGCCCCAGCAGCUGAGGUUCGAGGAAAGCAGGGUGAUUUGUCCCCCUUGUCCAGGGACCCAAGAGAGUGGGUGUCCACCUGCAAAGCUGCUCCUGCUCCUCGGUGUUGGUUUACAAUAAAUCUGUACUUAAGCAGU